AUGUCCUCCUUCGCCACGCCUUCCCCACACUCCCCACGGCCAUUCUUCAAGCGGCCCGCCUACCCCAGCUUCAAAGUAGGGAGGGUAGGAAAACUAUAUCUCCCAGCCAUGGCUGUCGUCGCAGCUGGAUUCGGCAUCGCCAAUUACCUCAAUGAUUUUCAAGCCCAACAAGCCCGCUACCAACUCCAAGAGGAAGAGCGGAUCCGACACAAUCAAAAGCUGAUGGACGCGUACGGGGACAAGGACAGUCUGCAUGAUGUCCAGCAUGCGUUGGAGGUUUAUGAGAUUCAGUAA